CACCACCUGAGGGCUCGCGGACAGCUGGCAGCACCGGCAGCACGGGACAGCUCGCGCACACAUUCGAAUUCUUUUAAACGAAUGAACCGUUAAAUUCAGACAGAGACGGAAGUAAAAUAAAUUGACGUCGUCACGACGGGAGGGAAAUGACAGUUGAGGGCUCCAUCUCUCAUGAAGUGAAAGUUCCAUGAAGGUUUUCCAUUUACUGUGGCAGAGUUCGGUUUUUCAACCUCCACCAUACUUGAUCAAUAAAAUAAGUCAACAACAAUCCACGGACUGCAUGAGUAAAACCAUAGAGGUACACUACAAAAGACUGGCACUGGGGAUGCAAAACAUACCACAAACAUCUCAGUAAAGAAAACCAAAAAAACAGCAGACACGUUUGUUCUCCUCUCCUGAGAUUCUUUCUCCCCUAAACUUAAUGCUUUUCUGAGCAUGUUUCAUAAAGGGAGGUCAACACACAAGCGAAGAUGAACCCUUAUGUUACCUCACACUUCAGGAGGGAUCUCUUUCCCCACUUCCAUUUGUUGUAGAUGUUUGUCUACCCUGCUGUUAUUGGUUGAAGAAAAUGUCCUAUUCAAUACUUGUACAGUUUUAGCAGUAGCUUUUGUGUCUUGUUGUUCUCUGUCCAUUGUUCCAAAAGACUGGAUGUGAAUACUCUUGUGUACUUGUCAGUAUUUAGUCGUGGAAGAGCUGUGUAGAGCUCUGUGGAAAUGGUUGGACAAGGUAAAUACAUGACAAGCAUACCAUUUCAUUGCCUCAUAUAAUUGUACAUUUCAUUAUUUUUGCUUUAUUUAAUCUUUUGUUAGUUUUUAAUUAUUAUUUCUUUAUAUUGAGGAAAUGUUCAUGCUAGUGCAUGUUUUUUAGAUAAUAUUUAUGGUGCAAUUCAAAGUGCAUGCUGUUGUUUUCAUAAUGCAACUACAUAUGAUCUCCUGGUUUGUUUGCAUAAACUGUUCAAGCAGCACUUUUUUGAUCUGGUUCAAACAGAUGCUGAGUUAGAGACUACAAUCCACAGAGUUUUCAGUCACCAUAUUUCUCAGCUCUUCUCCUGCUGUGGCAUACACCUGAUCUAUCAUCUUUGGCGCCAUACUUGUGAAAAAAUAUAGCAGACUUCCUAAGGUGACCUGUGUGCUUACCAUUUUUCUCCACAUACAUCUUCCACUUGAAGUUGAAAACACAGUUGGUGUUGGAGAUCAAAGUAAUCUCUCUCUGUUGUUUUCUCCCUCCCUUCUUAUCUUUCGUCAGGCAUAAGCGAUUUCUCAGCUGUAAUGCUGAACUGUAAUGAGGUAUGUCUGCUCUGAGAGACUAACUGUUGCAGGUGAUUGUUAACAGCCGUGUAGUUCAGGUCAAUAUUAUCCACGCAACAGUCAUUACAAGAAUCCAUCUCCACCAAAAUUGACAAUGGCCAUCGAACAGAUAUGCAGACCCUUUGAAAGACCCUGUGAAAUUGUUAAAGCAGUGACAUGAUUGUGCAGGAAAUGGCAACCAAAACUUGGUUCUUUCAGUUGGGACCCUCUUGUUGGGCAAACAUGACAUUUCCUUGACUUGUAGGCAUUUUAUUUACUGAAAUUACUGUACUUUUUGUCUCCUCAUGCCCAUACCAAGGGGUUGUGAAACUUGGAUGAACUUUGAUCGUAAGAAUUGGCAUGUUUUUAUGCUUUUUGACUGCAUGUUGAAAAUUGAUAAUCAUAUCACCUGUUAAUUUGAUUUGUCUGUCUUGUAUGCAUCUUGUCACAAUACUAUAGAAGGUACCCUGUUAUGAUCUCUAUAUCCUUGACAUAUUUCCUACUCCAUUGCAUUAUCUGUUUAUAGCUUUUAUCAGCAGAUAUCUGCUUUAGGUUUCCCUGUUAUUGUUUUGAACUGAACAGAGCCAAUCCUGCAUGCUUUGGUGAUGUCUGUCGAGAUCAAUGCAACCCUCCCACUCCCUGUAAAAAGAAUAGACUCCUCAGGAUACUGCUGACAUCCUUCUUUUCAGCUCACCUCACUUUACUUAUUUCAGUGAGUAUCAAGGACAUUGGUUGUUAAUGAAUGUGCCCAUGGACUCACUUGAGGAUUGUCCACUUUGUUGCUCAGAGAUCUGUCACUGAAAUAUAGACUGUACUGGGAUUAUGAGUUGGAGAAAGUAAACAAGGGAUUAAUCGAUGGCCUUAAGGGCAAUUAUUGUCUGGUUGGCCACAACAGACUUGCAAAUAUCUCCUCAUUAAAAAGGAUUCAAGACGGACUUUGUUGUUAACUCCACUCACUUAAUUGACUGUAUCAAGGUGCAACAUCAUCAACAAUCAAACCGGAACACACUGAGGAAUAUUGAAUUACUGAGAUCUUCUCCAUAAUAGAGAAGAGCCCUAUAGCGCAUGAUGGGAGCGGCACGUGUGAAACGCCGCUUCAGUGCUGUGGUGGAUGGGCCAGUGGAGGAGGAGGAGGUCAUGAGGCUGGCACAGAGUGCUGCAGAUACGGCUAGGGCAGGGGGGAGUCCAACGGGGUCAGGGACCCCAAGCAGCCCCUCCCCAACCCAUGCUCUGAAUGGCAAAACUUUACCUCUCCAGAGCAACACCAACAAUGCACGGAGGCAGAGCGCCAUUGGAGAGUCAGUUGGAGAAGAUGCAGGAGAAGGCGGGGUGAGAGCAGGAGGAAUGUGCUCAGGGCUAAAGAGUGGAAAAGGCAGUAGUGGAGGAGGUAGAGGUAAAGGCCGAUCAUCCUCGGACCACGAUUCACUCUCUUCCCCCUCCACUACAAGCCGCCGGCGCACCAGGCGCUCAAGCCGCCGGCCCCGACAACGCUUUGUGGGCAAGGACGGACGCUGCAACGUCACCUUCGUCAACAUGAGCGAGAGGGGCCAGCGUUACCUCAGCGACCUCUUCACCACCUGUGUGGACAUCCGCUGGCGCUGGAUGCUUGUCAUCUUCACCCUCUCCUUCCUUCUCUCCUGGCUGCUCUUUGGAUUUGCCUUCUGGCUCAUUGCCUCUGCGCAUGGGGACCUCUCCAUUAGGCUUACCCCCAGCUCAGGCUCCUCUUCGGGAUCAGGAGAGGCUGGGUCUGGAGGAGGGCCUGAUAGAGAGGCAGUGGUUGAGGAGCCAUGCUUCCUCCAAGUAAACAGCUUCAUGGCAGCCUUUCUCUUCUCCUUGGAGACGCAGACCUCCAUCGGUUACGGAUUCAGAAGUGUGACCGAAGAAUGUCCUCUGGCGGUGGUGGCGGUCGUUUUGCAGUGCAUUGUGGGCUGCAUUAUUGACGCCUUCAUCAUCGGGGCAGUCAUGGCAAAGAUUGCCAAGCCCAAGAAGCGCAAUGAGACAUUAGUGUUCUCUGAAACAGCUGUGGUGGCGCUGAGGGAUGGGAAACUCUGCAUGAUGUGGAGGGUCGGAAACCUACGCAAGAGCCACCUGGUAGAAGCCCACGUUCGAGCACAACUACUGAAGUCAAGGGUGACAGAGGAGGGAGAGUUCCUCCCACUGGAUAACGCCGACAUCAACGUGGGUUUUGACACUGGCACCGAUCGCAUCUUCUUGGUCUCGCCAGUGACAAUUGUCCACGAGAUCAACGACGAGUCGCCUUUUUACGAGAUUGACCGAAACACCCUGGAGAAUGACUCCGAGUUGGAGGUGGUAGUCAUACUCGAGGGCAUGGUGGAGGCCACAGCAAUGACCACACAGUGCCGUAGCUCCUAUCUGGCAUCGGAAAUCCUCUGGGGACACCGAUUCGAACCAGUGCUCUUUGAGAGAAAAGACUGCUACCAGGUGGACUACUCGUUCUUCCAUCGGACAUAUGAAAUCCCAACCACACCUUCAUGCAGUGCUAAAGAGCUUGCUGAGCAGAAGUACAUUCAAAGCUCUCGCUCAUCAUUCUGCUAUGAAAAUGAAGUGGCUCUGCAACUCGUAUCCCCUGAUGAUGAGCCUGACCAAGACCCUGAGUGUCCCUCCCCUCCAACCCGAAGGCAGUCAUUGGCAGAACAUCUCCACUACAACUAAACAUGUAGGAUAGGAGGCCUUAAGGGAGGAAGAGAAAGGAAGGUGACCUAGGAAAAGAAAUGGGAAGUUAUCCUGGAGGUUUAGAAGGACAAGCAACAGGAGUGGGUUUGACAGGUAGGAAUGGGCAGACCAAGAGAGACAGGAUUAAACAUAGAUAGGGCUGUGGAUUUGCUGGUGGCAGGAUUAAGGACAGGAAGUGCGGAGUAGGAGCAAGUCAAGAGAGCCAUCAGAAUUUAAAAGGUUUGCAAGAUUUAGAGAAGCACUUCUCUACAAAUAAGAGUGCACAGAAAAACAGAAGGGAAGUGGAGAGACAGAGAAACCAUGGGAGAUGUGGAGUCAGUAUAUAGGGGAUAUGGGCUUCUACACUGACCUAGUUGUCUGAUUGGUCCUGGCAAUCUUCCAAGCUUAUUGAAAACUUGUCUGCUAAGUCUCACAUCUGGCCCAUCACUACCACAACACAAUCAUCGGAUUUUACUGCCUGCCUGGCAGAAGAUACAACAGCACCCCGUUGUGGCUCUAACCUGCAGCUGCACCUCCGGAUUGUGGACAAUUAAGGCCUCUGAGAGGAGGCUCAUGAUUGAAAAGAAUGAAUGUGUACCUGCUGAGGUACAGCUCAGGAAUGUCCUCCACUAUUGUGUUGAUCCAUCAGUUAAUGCUUUAUUUUCUUAUGGUAAGUAUGGAUAGAGCAUAUUUUUGUGAUACGGUGUGCUUGGGGCAGGGGGCUGUUGAGAUGAGGCUUGGCCACACGAACAGUAACAUGGAGAAACAGCUGAAAACAAGCAGCAGUUUUUAGCCGUUUCUUUCCCAUGUUAUGUGCUGUUUGUUGUUUUUGGCUUUUAUCUUUUCUCUAUGUGUCAUGCAAAAGAGUUAAUUAGAUCGGUUAAUUACCAUAAAUUCUUUGUUGCACUACUAUCCACAUGAUUUUCUCAUGUUCUUUGUUGCUGAAAUCAACCAUACUGUAUUGUUUUGCACUGUUACUGUUGGAACUAGCACUUAGCGACUGAGCUAUGACAUUUUAAUCUUUUAAGUGUUGGAAGACGCUUGAAGGCACAGCCUCUCAUAGACUUUGUAAAUGCACUGGAGGCCCACAGUCACCUCCAACAUCAUGAAAGCAGAACUGAGCUGAACUGUGCAGAAGCAUUCUGGCCAUGAUGACAUGGCUUGCCCUUUCUAUGUCUCUGAGAAUAAAACACCUGGACAAGUGGAUAAGGAUUGAACUGGAAUCUAUACCACAUCAUUCUGUAUUUUUGUGCCCAUAAAAUAAUGUGACAUUUAACUCUAAAUCUAAUGUGUUACAGUCGGUUUCUCUCACAAGUUGUGAGAACAGUGUAGUGAUUGGUGCCUUCGUAAGAAACAAGAGAUUUUGCAACUGGCCCUUCAUCUGCGGAUGUGCAUUUCAUGUUUAAAUGUGCUGUUUUCAUUGUUUGUAUUUGCAUAACGCUACUUAUGCAAGUGUUCUUUCAAUCAUUUCAACAUUUGUUUAAGUUGACAAAAGUUUCUAUGCAAAUUAAUGACUGUGAAUCUCCUCAGUGACUGAUUAGUCUCAAUAUAAGCAUGCAGGAACAACUUCAAGAUGUUUUGGCGGUGUUGUAUUGAAGGAUUUGUAAUAAUUGCACUUUGUAAUUAUAUUACAAAGCACUUGGAAUGUCUUUGUUUAUUUUAGAUCCUCUAAUAUUUGCAGUAUAUUUUGCCACCUGAAUAUUUGGCAAAAUUAUGUGUGUUUAAUUACAAAGGCUGUUGGUAAAGAAAAUGUAACUCAGUGUCAGGAGUGCAACAUUAUGUUAAGUGUUGACCAAUAAUCAGCCUGACCUAUGCACAACCUGUGAACUGUUCUUUGUACUUUGCACAAAUGUCACACAUGGAGACUAAUAUCACUAAUGAAGCUCUACAGCCGCACAGUAGUGUUGCAGGAUCAGCACAGGUUGACCUCAAUUCACCAGUCACAGUGUUUCACUCCAGUUACUGAAAGAUUUUUUAUGGUUACCUCAGGGGGGUGAAGGUAUUGAUAACAUAUUAUCUGUUACAAUAAGUGUUAAUGCUGUUUUAUUUUUGUGUCCUCCCUUACUCUUCUCCUCUAUGGCCACCAUGUUUUAUUUAUAGACUGCAUGGAGGGUCACGUCGUUCACCCUGCCUCCACUUCCAGGAAAUGUAACUUGACCUUUCAGCACCACCACUUUAACAACAAUAGCGCAGACAGGUGGAUUAUUUGUUAAUUUCACUGGUUGCUUAUUCACAUCACACAUGAUUUUUUUUUAAUCAUAGGUAUUUAUAAUAUACAUAGUGUAAAAUACAUGGUAUACUGUAAUACUGCAUAUAUUUUUAAUGAAGUAGUGAGGUGAAAUCAAUAAAAAGCUGUAUCUAC